AAAGGUAUAUCCAAAUCUGAAUCCACAAAUAGUAAAACCCUUAUCGAGGUAAUAGGCUCUCUUUCUGAUUUUCUUCAGCACAGCUUGAUCUUUUUUACUCAGCCCAACCGGAACUUCUCUCUUCUUCGAUUGAACAUGCCCUUCGUCGUCUGUAAACUCCUGAUAUAGUGGGUUUCGUGGUCCGGUUAUAACUUUACUAAAAACAUAUUUCCCUGUAAUAUCGGUGACUACCUUUUUGACUAUUUUUGACAUUUUUUAUUUUCAGCUGAUAAUGGCAACUCUCCAAGGAAGAAGACCCUCUGGCGGUAACUGUCCUCAGUUUACGUCACACCACCAUGAGCGAAUCAAUAAAUAUUCCACACAGACAACGCAGCAGCAGCGAGAGUACAACAAGCUCAUUAAACCACAAGCCUAGCUCCGUAAAAGCAGCUUUACCAUCAACUUCGCCAUUCAGUUCACAGCCAUUCAAAGAAACGAGCGUUUCUCCUACACAACCGCAGACGUUGUCUAUCCAGCCGCCUAGGAGACCUUCAGGUAGCUUCGAGCUUAGUGGACAGCCUUCACCACCGGGUGCUUCAGGAAAUAGUGGAAUAACCAGUUUAUUCAGGCGGUUCUCUUUUAAAGGCACAAACCAGCCACCUUCCUCACAACCAAACGAAACUCCGGGUGGUUUAAACACUAUCCCGGCUAAGCAACCAUUAAUGUCCGUAGAACAGCCAGAGCAACCAGCUACUUCAGUAUCACCUAAACUAGCACCUGGAAGGAGAAAAUCAGACCAGAAGAGAUCAGUUUCACCAAUGGGUGAGCGUAUCCUCCGUGGUAGCUUUGAUGGCAAUGGAUUUUAAGAAAUGUAACGACGAUAACGAUUUUAAUACCCCUGUAUUACUGUAAUGUAUUUUGUUUAUAU